UAUGUUUUCGCACAGAUGUAAUGCACUGUGGUCUGUUUCCUGUGUUGUGUUAGUCAUGGUCCACGUCUACAUCAUUUGCAUCACUAAAUGACCAAAUAUAUACUGAGUCAAUCACAUACGCAAGAAAAGAGUACCAGCAAACCGUUGGAAGCCUUCCAAAACGUGACAUGUGGUUAGAUGCCGUAUUGCAUAAUUUUAUAGGAAAUGUCCGUUAUUUAGUUCGCUUCCUAGAUGAAUGUACCCUUGCUGCGCAAACUUAUAGUUUUUAAACAGCUGCCUACCAGGAGGCAUCUUGUCGGUGUUCAGAACCAAAAGCGUGGUCACAUUUAUGGAGGAGUUUUGUUUCUUUAAUGGCAUCAGCUGGAGGUUCACUUAUCAGCACAGCUGUGGCAACUACUGACAUAUUGCAGCUCUUCCUCAUUUAAAUCAAAUGAGUAAGUGAGUGAGAGUGGCUGUAUGAAAACUUGCUUCCUGAAAGCGUGUCGGUCUGUUUUACUCGCUCUGAGCAACAGCCUGCUCCGCUGCCAGGAGGUAGAAAAGUGGCUUAAAGUUGGUUUUUCCACCUGGGACUUCUUAUUUUGUUUUUAACCUGCUGCCAAGAUGACAUUACAAUUUAAAGAUAACUUUUGGGGAGUGGACUUCAUCAGCAACGCUGGUUAUGAGACUAUCAUUCAGAGGCUCAGCGAUGGUCGACGGACAUGCAAAGACAUGGAGGAGCUCUUGAAAAUGAGAGCGACGGCAGAGGAGAAAUACGGCAAGGAGCUGGUCACGAUUGCUCGCAAGGCUGGCGGUCUAUACGAGAUUUGCACAAUGAGAACAUCCUUUGAUGACAUAAAGACACAAAUCGAAAACACAGGAAACUUGCACAUUCAGCUGGCCGUGCUUCUAAAAGACGAGGUGAAGAGAAUGGAGCAGUUCAGAGAGAGGCAGAAAGAACAGAGGAAAAAGUUCGAAGCCACCAUGGAGAAGGUUCAGAAGACAAAAGUCACCCUCUACAAGAAAACACUAGACUCUAAGAGGUCCUACGAGCAGCGCUGCAGAGAGGCGGAUGAGGCCGAGCAAACAGCCGAGAAGCUGGGCACCGCUCCCACGGCCACUCCCAAACAGAUUGAGAAGAUGAACAACAAAUGCAAACAGUGCAGAGAAGCUGCCGAGGAGGCUGAGAAGCAGUACAUAUCAAACAUCGAACAGCUUGACAAGAUCCGGCAAGACUGGGAAUCGACACACAUUGAGACAUGUGAGAUGUUUCAGCAACAAGAAGAAGACCGCCUUAGUGUCCUGAGGAACGCCUUAUGGGUACACUGUAACCAAUUAUCAAUGCAGAGCGUGAAGGAUGAUGAAUGUUACGAAAAUGUAAGGAAAACGCUGGAAAACUGUGACAUCACUGCAGACAACAAUUGCUUUGUGGAGAUGAAAAGAACUGGCUCGGCCCCCCCAGCUCCAAUCGAAUACCAAAACUACUACGAGGGGAACCCUACGGCUAACAGAAAUGGAAGCGCUGGAUUUGUAGGGGUCAUGAAAAGGUUUUCAAAUCUUCUGCAAGGGAACUGUUCCGGUGGCUCCAAGCUGAGCCUCAAUGAGACAGUGGCACAGCCUGCUGAAACGUCAGACGGAGUAUAUGCUUCCAUUCCUGGAUUUCCCACCACCCAGCUGAGCUGCGAAGAGUACAAGGCCGUGUACGAGUAUGUGGCACAGGGGGAGGACGAACUCUCCGUGUCUGUCGGGGACGUCGUGGUUGUUCAAGAACAAGGCGACGACGGCUGGUGGUUAGUGAAAAGAAAUGGUGUCACAGGACUGGUUCCGGGCUCAUAUCUAGCUAAAGAAUGAUUCAAACUGAAUGUAGUGCUGUAUGACUACUACACAUCCACAUGUACAUUUUUCAUGUAAAGGCCUUGUCAUUUAAAGCGAACCUUAUAAUUUGAUUGUAUGUGCCGUUUAUUUCUGUUACUCGUAUCGUUGAAGCACCGUUUAAGCACAUCAGAUUUAGAGACUUCGCACUUUGGCACCCCCUAGCAGCAGCAAUAUAAAAGACACUGUGGCAGACGAUAAAUGUCAAUGCGUCCCGCAGAUUUGACCCUGAGGUUGUUGAAAUUAAACUUUUUUUUUUACAGGCACUGUCUCUAGACAAAAACAUGCAUAAUUAUAAUUUAAAAGAAAUCCAAUACAGGGAAGACACAGUGUGAAUGGCAAAUUCAAACUGUAUCAUAUUACUUUUCCCUCCCUGCUGGUGUUGAGUGCUUCCCAUACCAUUGACAGCUGGGAGAUUUGCUGAUCUCUUGCACAUGAUCAGGGCACUAAAGUUUAUUAAUAUGCUGUAGUAUAUAUUUAAUGUCUAAAAAAUAUAGUGUAUGACGUAUUUUUGUAAUCUAGAUGCAAAGGAUGUGCUCAUUUGUAUUUAUUCAAUAUGAAAUUAAAAAUCCUCAAGUUUU